AAAGACCGUUUCGGUAUAAUUAGAUUUGGCAAGAGUUAAUUGAAAGUUACAAAACCGUAUAAAAGACCAGCAAUUAGUAAAAAAUAUUUUCAGACAAGUUAAUGAGCAUUAUUAAGCCACAGAGCUUCAAAAUAUCAGCCACCUCCGUCGGCUACUUCCAACGAGCCUUGCAGGGCCUCCACGGAACCCAUGGACUCGACCUUGGCGCUUAUGGCCGGCUUAUCCAGCAUUGCACCGACCACCACCUGGUUAGCCAGGCCAAGCAGCUCCAUGCCCGCCUCAUACUCUUUUCCGUCACCCCCGAUAACUUCCUCGCUUCAAAGCUUAUUAAUUUUUACUCCAAAUCCCGUCACCUCCGACAAGCCCGCGUGGUGUUCGAUCAAAUUCUCCACAAAAACACCUUCUCUUGGAACGCAAUGCUCAUUGGGUAUUCACUACACAAUCUGCACACAGAAACCCUGAAGCUUUUUUCAUCUAUGGUAUCUUCUUAUUCCAUGGAUGUGAUACCUGACAAUUUUACGAUUACAUGUCUUCUAAAGGCUCUGGCGUCUUUUUUUCAUGACUCAAGAUUGGCUAAGGAGGUUCAUUCAUUUGUUCUACGACGUGAGUUUGAUUCCGAUAUCUUUGUUGUCAAUGCUCUGCUUACCUUCUACUCGAGAUGUGAUGAGCUCGGGUUCGCGAGAGUUCUGUUUGAUAGAAUGCCCAAGAGAGAUAUAGUGUCAUGGAAUUCGAUGAUUGCUGGGUAUUCACAGGGUGGGUUUUACGAAGAGUGUAAGGAGCUAUACAGGAAAAUGUUAGGCUCGGUGGAUAUGAGACCUAAUGGCGUGACAGUGGUCAGUGUCUUGCAGGCAUGUGGGCAGUCGAGGGAUCUUAUUUUAGGGAUGGAAGUUCAUAGGUUUGUGAAUGAGAACCAAGUGGAGAUGGAUAUUGCACUUUGUAAUGCGAUUAUUGGUUUUUAUGCAAAAUGCGGCAGCUUGGAUUAUGCUCGAGAGGUGUUUGAAGAGAUGAGAGAAAAGGAUGAGGUCUCUUAUGGCUCGUUAAUUUCUGGAUACAUGGUUCAUGGUUUUGUUAACAAUGCCAUGGAUCUAUUUCAGAAAAUGGAAAACCCAGGAUUAAGUACAUGGAAUGGUGUGAUUUCAGGUCUGGUACAGAACAACCACUAUGAAGGCGUCUUGGAUCUAGUCCGGGAAAUGCAAACAAGUGGCUUUAGGCCGAACACGGUGACACUUUCAAGUGUUCUUCCCUCAAUUUCAUAUUUCUCAAAUCUGAAAGGGGGCAAAGAAAUACAUGCUUAUGCUAUUAGAAGCAGUUAUGACAGUAACAUUUAUGUUUCAACUGCUAUAAUUGAUAGUUAUGCUAAGUUGGGGUUUCUUCAGGGGGCACAGAGGGUCUUUGAUCGGUCAAAAGGUAAGAGCUUGAUCAUUUGGACGGCAAUAAUCUCAGCAUAUGCAGUCCAUGGAGAUGCUGAGAUGUCUGUUGUUCUUUUUAAUGAGAUGCUGAAUAAUGGGAUUCAGCCAGACCAUGUAACAUUUACUGCAGUUUUAGCAGCUUGUGCUCAUUCUGGGGUGGUAGAUAAAGCUUGGGAGAUAUUUGGUUCCAUGUUUCCAAAAUACAACAUUCAGCCCUUAGUCGAGCAUUAUGCUUGCAUGGUAGGUGUUCUUAGCCGAGCUGGGAGGCUCUCUGAAGCGGCAGAAUUAAUUUCUAAAAUGCCAAUUGAGCCAAAUGCAAAAGUUUGGGGUCCAUUACUUAAUGGGGCCUCGGUAUCUGGUGAUGUUGAACUGGGGAAGUUUGUUUGUGAUCAUUUGUUUGAAAUUGAGCCUGAAAAUACUGGGAAUUACAUCAUUAUGGCAAAUUUGUAUUCACAAGCUGGGAGAUGGGAAGAAGCCAACAGGGUCAGGGAAAGAAUGAACAAAUUUGGGUUGAAGAAGGUCGCAGGUAAUAGCUGGAUUGAAACAAGUUGUGGAGUGCAAAGCUUUAUAGCAAGGGAUGUAUCAAAUGGUAGAACUGAAGAGAUUUAUGACAUUUUGAAGGGCUUGCUUGGGUUGAUGAAGGAAGAAGGAUACAUAUUGCAGGAUGAAUUAGAUGAGGAGAGUGUUUACAGUUGACACAAAAUCAUCUCUAUGAUGGAGUUGCUGCAAAUAAUUAGGAAUAGAAGAAGGUUGUAGUUAUUCAUUGGUAUGGAAACUGAGGCCCAUAUUGUUCGUAGACCAUUCUUGGAAUACCAUAAUUAAUCAAAAAGAGGUACCUGGAUAUUUUGUAUUUGCUAAUAUUAUUGGCGCUCAUGGGGGAAGUUAAAAAGCUCCAUGUCCUUUCUUUGAAGUUCAAAUUGAACUAUUAUGCCUAGCAAUUUGGUGUACUUAUUUCCUCAUGGAGCUAAUCUGGAACCAUAAACAGCGAGUUUUGGCAAGCUGCUGACAGAUAUUUAGUUGGUGAUAACCUUGAUAUCUUGUGUAGCUGGUUUCUAUGAAGGUUCAUACGUGCAAAAAAUUAAGUUUAACAUCUUGCCUAUAGAUCUAACGAUGAGAGGGAGCCAGACCUUAAAUUAUUGCAAGAACAAAACCUUCUGACAGAGGGCUUUGCAUGUAUUUGAUUGGCAUCCAGGAAAUGUAAUGCAGUCUUGCAAUGUCUGAACUAAAACAAGUUCAGUUUUUCUUCAUUACCUUUAAACGAAAUUGCAAGCUGCAGCGCAUGGUUGACAAUACCUGAUCAGUAAAAUCUGAGUCAGUCCUUGGUAGGAGAACCAUUCUUUCUCUCUUCUAAGGUCACCAUUGAAGACACCGGGGACAACACUCAUCGGCACGCGUGCUAUAUUGCUAACAGCUACUGAAAUCAGUCCCGUAUCAUCACUGUGUUUUUAUCCGCCCUCCUGUGUCACUAACGUAUGGGAAAUGCUCCAACAUAAUUGCAAGUGCACCACUUGAAAGGUCAUGUUUGAAUCCUACCAAUUCGAUGGCUCCUAAACCCUGAAAUGAGAAAUGGCAGUGUAGUGGUGCCUGCAAUACUAUGUUUUCCUUUAACCUUGAACAUCAACUUGCUCUACCUUUGGCCUUGGCAUGUGAGGCAAACCAAACACUUCCUCAUGAGUGUCAUGUGCAUAUUGUCAGCAUUGUGUACAUUAUUUUAACUAUUUCUACUAUAAUAUACUAAUUUUUCUCA